ACAACCAGAAAAACUCUUACUUUGACACUUUAUUGUGCUUCUGUCUUGUGUUAAAUCAGUCGUACGCACAAUGCCGUGUAAGGCCUUUAUCCGCCGACUCAUCGCUGCGCUGUUUUUUGUGCGCAAAAUACGGCGCGGAGCGUUGUUAUCGUCUGGCGUUGCUAACAUUGCUAACAGCGACUAAACCCAGAUUCUUUGAAACGCUUCUCAUUCGUCACUGAACCGUUUUAAGUUAGUUUACCUUGACAUGGAUAUGAAAAUGUUUGUGGAUCCUCAGAGGAAAACACCGUUCCCUGGUCCUCUGUACCAACACGCUGUGGACCCCACCAGCUUCUACAGUGACAAACACCUGUCAGUACCAGUCAAUCUGAUAGAGCUCGACUUUAAAUGUGAGAACAUCGGACCAGAGAGCCGCUCGUCACCGGCGCCCAGCCCUUCGUCCCCACCCACCAACGACGGCUUCACCAAGGACCACACGCUGUUCCUCAUCGACCUGAUGCGGCAGCACGUCACGAGCGACGGUGACAGUCUGCCGCGAACCUUGCAGGACCUCAACGCGCGCCUCAAGACGGCAAAGCCCAAGAAGAAGAUGCUGUGGAGCGAGGCGGCGCAGAAGCUCGGGGAACACUUCCACCUCUGCUUCUGUCCCGAGAAGGUGGCCAGGAAGUGGAACACGCUCAUGGAGGCGUACAAGAAGGUUAAGGACAGUAGCCGGACGCCAGGGAAGGCGACCACGCGCUUUCAGUUUUUGGCCGAAAUGGACGACCUGCUGGGAGUGCCGCACGACGUGGUCUUUCCCGUCAUCGGCUCGUCGGAGGGGUUGGAGGUGCGCAGGGAGGCGCUGGGGAAAAUGAGCAGCAGCAGCAGCAGCAGCAGCAGCAGCAGCAGUACAGCAGCAGUUUCUGAGACUUCGAGGGCCCUGACAAAGGGGUUAGGAGGAGGAACGCCGCCACCUCCGACCGCACACAUACCCCACAAACGCAGGAGGGUGGAUGACGAGGUGAUGGAGUUCCUGCAGCAAUCGGAAGCAGCGAGUCAGCGGCGCCACGAGGAGACGAUUGCACAGCUGAGGUCAGCACAGCAGGGCUUUGAGACGCUGAUGAACAAGCUGUUGGACAAACUGUGAUUUGUCGUGGUUGACUUUUCUGACUGUAAAUAACAACACAUUUUUUACACAUUAUUUUUUCUGUUUUAUAUAUACUUGUAUGUUUAUUUCUCUUGUUUGAUUGCAAUUAUUAAUCGAUUGCUAAAUUAAUCAAAACAUGUUUUAUAAUCAAUGCUUUAUAUAAUUAAAAUAAGUUAACUGAU